AUGAUUCUGAACCCCAUGAUUCCAGCACGUGUCAUAUGGGCGGCACAAGAUCGUGAUGUUGAAUUACCAUGCGACUUAACACCGCCAUCUGUACAUGAUUCUGUAAAAUUAGUAUUAUGGUUUAAGGAUUCUGAGGGUAUACCCAUGUACAGUUUAGAUUCUAGAAAUGGUGGAAGUUUAAAGGCUGCAACACAUUCAGCACUUGCUGGUAUUAGAGGUGAACGUGUUUUCUUCUCCGUCGCUGAUAAUCCAAAAGAUUCGAGAUUAAGAAUUAAAGCUGUACAAAAUGCAGAUGGUGGAAUUUAUCGGUGUCGAGUUGACUACUUUAAUUCACCGACACGAAAUUUUCGAGUCAAUUUGACGCUUGUUGAAUCUCCUGAGGAGCCGCGCAUAUUUGAUGCACAAGGAAAGGAAGUGACAACAGUUGCGGGACCAUUCAGAGAGGGUCACGAACUCUUUCUCUCAUGCUCUGUUACAGGAGGUCGACCAGCACCAAAAGUAACGUGGUGGCGUGACAAUGUUGAGCUGAUAUCCAGCACAAGUCAUCCGUCCGCUGAUGAAGGAGCAUCGGCUGUUGUUAACCAAUUAUUUAUUGGAACUGUUGCGAGAGAUUUUUACGGUACACGGCUUGAGUGUCGUGCUCAGGGCUCUAAAUUACUACCGCCAGUCGUAAAAGAAAUUACUGUUCAAGUACAUUUGAAACCAAUUAAAGUAAAAAUUGUAACACCAAAUGAAUUGCUAACAGCUGGUCGUCCAACACCAAUACGUUGUGAAACAUGGGGCUCUUUUCCAGCAGCCAAAGUAACAUGGCUGCUUGAUGGUGAACCAUUGAGACAAGCUGAUGUUACUGUAAAUAGUGAGGGUGUAGAUUCAAAUUUAACAUCGAGUAUUUUGACAUUAAGGGUAUCAGCUGAGAAUGAUGGAGCUGAAUUGACGUGUAGAUCAUCAAAUCCUUGGUUCUCAAAUGGAGCACUUGAUGAUAAAAGGAGAAUAAGUGUUGCAUAUCCCCCAACAGUUUCAGUUCAUCUUGCAAAUGAAGAUCCAAGUCGAAAUAUAACAAGAGCUGAGGGGCAAAAUGUAACUUUAAAAUGUCGAGCAGAUGCUCGUCCUCCCGUGACAUCAUUUGGAUGGUAUAAAAAUGGAAUGAGAAUGACAGGCGAAGAUUCCGAGACACUUCACCUCACACUUCUCGAACGUGAAAGCACAGGCGCAUACUUGUGCUCAGCAUCAAAUACAGAAGGUGAAACACGUAGCUCAUCAUUGUAUCUUAAAGUACAAUUCUCACCUCGCUGUAAGCCAGGAACUGAACAAAUGUCAGUUGGCGCUCUAAAUAUGCAUUCAAUGCAAGUUAAAUGCGAAGUAGAAGCUGAUCCAGCGGAUCAUGUAAAAUUUGCAUGGACUUAUAAUAAUACGAGGAACGUUUCACCUGUUCCAUCUUCGCGAAUUAAUUCACAUGGUCUUGUGAGCGCAGUGACUCACAUGCCACAAUCAGAGUCUGAUAUUAUUACAUUAGCAUGUUGGGCUGAAAAUACUGUUGGACGUCAAUCUCAUCCAUGUCUGAUUCACGUUCUACCUGCCCGCGUACCAGAAGUACCAAGGCAUUGUGAAUUACGCAAUGACAGUGUAAUGGAAGUAAUUUGUCAAGCAGGACAUGAUGGUGGAUUGCAACAACAUUUUGUUCUCGAAGCAAUUGGUGCUACUUCUACCUACUUUAAUAAUUUAGAUUCAACACGUAGUACACAUGAAAUAGUAGAUAAUGAAAUAUCAACGAUGAAUGACCAAGCAACGUUGGCUCCAUUAGUGCGAAUUGAAGAAACUGUGCCUCAAUUUAAAUUACCUCCAUUGGAGUCGGGACGAGAAUAUCAGAUUGCUGUAUAUGCUGUGAAUGCGAAAGGUCGCAGUGAAAAUUAUAUCUUCGAUCGUGUGCGUGUCGGCUCACUAUUGCCACCAUAUGAUGAAACAAUAAUAUCAGAAGAUCCAACGCCAGCUGAGACAUCAAAUCAGAAGAAUAGAAAGAUUCUCAUACAGCAGAGUCCUCAAACGCAAACAAUUGUUUUAGCCGCCUUAGUGCUUGCGGCUGGCAUAAUUAUUUCAUCCAUAUUGGUUGUUGGUUGUGUAGCAAUAUGUCGCAUACGAAGACCAAAACCACCAGAGCCUGAGGAGAUUAGGAAGAGAAUAAGACCCGCUCGUACAGACGUGCCCUCAAUGUAUGCUGAAGACGAUACAGAGGACGAGUACUCGCGUCAUCAUCAGCAACAGCCCGAUACGAGAUGCAGUAGAGCGUCGACGAUAAGAAGUACGCGCUAUGUGUCGGAGGGAUUUGUGCAAUAUUCACAGCCGAGCCUGAAUGGUACAUAUGAUGAUGAGAAACGAUAUAUUCCAUGUUUGGUUGUUUUAAGGCCUACACAAUCGCUUGCUUUAUUUCACGCUUGA